AUGUCGUCGACAGGAGUCAACGUUCUCCGGUGGUCCGCCCUCGCCGUCGGCGUCUUCUACGGUUUCUCGCACCAGCGGACGAUAACGACCACGCAACGGGCCGCGCAUGAGCAGCACGAGUACGAGCAGAAGCAAAAGUUGAUAGACCAGGCCAAGGCCGAGUUCGCCAAGCAGAAGAACCCGCAGCCUGCGUCGCAGUCGGACGUCAUCACCGACGUCGAGAACCCCAAGUUUGACCUCGAGAAGUACCUGCUGCAGGUGGCCAAGGACAGCCCUUAA